CAGGGAUAGACUAUGUUGUAGACUCGGAAGAAGUGGUGCAAACCCAUUGGGUUCUCAGUCGACUUUGCUUAGAUGGGCUCCGGACUUCACAUGGGUGUUUGAGGAACAGCAAACAUGGUGCUUUUGCCAGAAUGAAGACAUUUCAAGAGACACAUCAAAUAUCAUCAAAUGUUGGAAACACGAGCUCAAUGUUGGGCUCCCAGACUUGCGUUAUUUGUUUGGCAGGUUGACUGUUUCAUGCCUGAGGUUGCGUAGCCCUUGGAUGUCAUGGCAGCUAUGUGAGAGGACGAUCCUGUCAGUGUACUGCUCAAUGUGAUCGCCACGGGAAUUGCUGCCCAGACUACAAGCAGUAUUGUUUGAUGGCAGACAUCCCGCCUGAGACUGAGCUCCAGCUGCAGAAAGUGGAUGCCUUCUUGGAGGAGCAACCACGCCAGAGCUUUCUGAGGCAUGGUGGACUUUUACAGACCUUUGGUUCUUCUCUGGGUGGUGGCAACUGUGGUGACUUGUGCACCUUGCCCGAGCACUGUCCGGAGUUUGGUAGCUCCAAGCGCUGCCGCUUUGAUGUCUAUGACAAUGCAGUGGCAGCGAUUUACUUGACAAAGCGUGGAAAGAUUGAAUCUGCUCGAAAGAUCCUUGAUGCAUUUCUCCACUUGUUGUACCCGCCUCUGAAGAUUCCACACGUCACUUUUGGACGCCGUGAUGGGCUUCCAUCAGGCAGAUGGUUAACCCUCAUUGGCUCGUCAUACACCGACUCCGAGGUGAAGCCCGGAAUCUAUUGGGGCAAAAACGUGGUGGAUGGCGGAGUCGACACAGGCAACAACGCUUGGGUUGGUCUUGCACUGGCACAGUUUGCGGCCGAGACCGGCGAAUCUUGCUAUUUGGUCGCUGCGCAAGACAUCCUGACGGCCCUUAAGAAGGGGGCUGAUUGCGAUGACAAGCUUUUGGGCUAUAUGGCCAAGCUCAGGCCAUAUCCAGCCAACUACCGCUCCACAGAGCACAAUAUCGACGUCUUUGCCCUCGCCAAGAUCUUGGGAGACGAGGAUGCCAUGAACCGUGCGAGAGUCUUCGUCCAAGAGAUGUUUGGCCACAAUGAGAGGUAUCCCAAGAGCUUUGCCAUGGGCACCGAUGGGGCGGUUCCCUGCGACACCAGCACCAUGAAGACCGCCAUCCCAGCGGAUGCGCAGUUUUGGGCUUUGCUGGCCGGCGUUGAGAACACCAAGGAACGCCAGGUCUCCGCCCUGGAAGACUCCUUGCAAUCUGUGGAGGAUGGGGGCAUGCUCACCACUGAUGAGGACCUCAUCGGCAGGGCGAACCGCUCGGCGGGACGCGUGCGUGGCUUGCGCUUCACCAACUGGGGCAACGGCGCUCAGUGGGAGAACACCGCUUCAGCCAUGAUGGCGAUGUCCAUGUUCCAGCAAAAGUAUGGCGUGGAUGCGCUACAGGGCGUUGAGUUGGAGGAUGAGAUCAAAGGCAUCCGCCGGUCCAUGCUGAGGAUUCUCGACACGUACGGCUCGAUUCCAGCUUCUAUCUUGGGUGGCAACAAGCAGGCCUGGAAGAAGAACGAGCACGCCAGGGAAUUCCCGGGCGGAUCAGAUACAGGGAUCGGAUGGACCUACUACCGCUACCCUCAUGUGGCGGCCAACGCAUGGCUUGGCUUGGCUUUGCUCCACCAGCCUGUCGAGGGAGGGCCGGUUCAUCAGCAUGCGAACCCGUAUGCGGUGCCUCUAAAGCCUUUGCCGCAGGUGGAGAAAAGCUUGAAGUGCUUGCCAAGAAAACGCUAAGCGACGCCCAAAAAGAGCUGUAGCGUGCAGUUAGGUCAGUGUGGUGCGAGAAACGGAAG